AUGGAUAUUAAGAAAUACAAUGGAUUUAUUGGAGGAAUGGAAAAAACAGGAAAUGAUGGUAUAACUGUUCUUUAUUAUAAAUCAUCAACAAGAGAAUGUGUUUAUCAUGAGAGUGUUAGAAUGCCAUCUAUAGAAGGUAAUGAAGAAAGAAAAUGGAAAUUAAUCAGUGAAGAUCAUGUUAUAGUAAUAUGGAAUGAAAAUUAUCAAGAAGAAAACCAAGUUGAAAUUGAAGAACAAAAUAAUGGAAAUAUCUCAAGUCAAAUAAUCAUUAAACCAGGAAUGUGUGGUGUUGAUACUAUUGAAAUACAUAGAAAAAAAGAUGUAAGAGUAUUUGGACCAUUAUUAGAUAAUAUGGUUGUUCCUGAAGAUAUUUUAGGAGAAUUAAUAAGAGAAACAGCCUUUAAUGCAUCAGACAACUCAAAACAAAGAACUAUAGGAGAUGAUGUAAUGUUACCAUAUUUACAAAGAAAACAAAUGAUAGAUGACAUAAUUCCAAAGAAUCCAACAUUCUCACAAAAAGGAUAUUUAUCAACAAUCAGUAUGUUCUUAGAUGAUAAAGAAACUACUAAACAAGAAAAUUAA